UACUGUAUGGUACAGGUUUUAAAGGCCGAUGUUUUGACCACAGCGAAAAUGACUACGUGUGUCAAAAUUUCACAAAAAAUUACGGAAAAUUGUAAAGACAUCAACUCUGGAUGCAAGCUUGUUUUUGGCGUACAAUCCAGCACUACCAGCUAUGUUUUAGGCUGUGUCAGUGUAUCGGAAGAUCCUGUUAAGAGGCUGAAUUAUGUACACACUUUAUUACCUGGAGGAGUUCAAGUCUUGGGAAUUCUAUCGGCUGAUGCAGAUCCAGUUUCAAAACACCGAGAUGUUCUUAAUUGUAUUGACCAAGAGACCUCCAGGCUAAUAAUAACUGUGAAGAAGGGCCAGACCCAGAUAGACUCUGUGCAUGAGUUCAGUGCUGAUGGCGACUGUGUGCAGCUUCAGUGGACCCUGGAGCACAUAGACCUCCCCUCCAUCUGUGUGGUAGCCAGAACGAGAUGCCAAAUCUCACUGGCAUUUCCACUCCCAGAGAAAGGAAAGUGGCAAGACAGUUUAAAUACUGCAAUCGAAAAUAUCAAAACAGGCAUAGCAUCACAAAGUACAAUGUUCCGUUUAGAACAAGCGAAUGUGUUGCUAUGCAGUUCUGGUUGCUAUGGGUUACCAGAUGAUAGUAGUAUUCAUUCUCUUGUUGACAUGGUUGGCGAUGAAAACGCAAUCCAAACAAGACGUAAAGAAAAGAAACAGGUGACACUGUUAUUUGAAGUCUACACAGAUAUGUGCAAUGGCUGUUCCGAAAAAGUGCCCUCCUGUUCCCCAGUCAUCAGUUAUAAAACAGGGCCAGUAAAGGUUACCAAUCUUUUGUUGAACCUGGACACAGUGACAUUGUUACCAACAAGUGCUCACAUAUCUGACGUAUCUAAGGGGCUCUCAGUGAGUCUUCAGAGACAGCUGGUUGCUAUGGAAACAUGUAUCUCACAGCACAGCAAGUUGAAGUCAUUUGUGAAGCCCAAGUCCUACCACUGCAAGCCUCUUCUGUCUGACUGUGUGUUCUCUGUCAUUUACCCUGACAGCUUCGACAACAAACAACUCGAGUUGGAGCGAAAGCAGCUACAUGAAUGUCUUUGUUUCGCGCUGGAUCGGCCGCUAUUCCGUCGUGUAAAUCGUUUUACUUUCCCUGGUAGUCAUGACAACACUGGGGGGUAUCUCGUGAAUGUUCAUGAACAUGUACCAAGGUCAAAAGUGACUGGUGGCACAAUGUGUUGUGUUCAGGGCAGCUACACCUAUCACCACUACAUGCAGGACAGGUUUGAUGACAAUAAGUGGGGGUGUGCGUACCGCUCCCUCCAGACCCUUGUCUCCUGGUUUCGUCUCCAGGGUUACAAUGACACCGAGAUACCUUCCCAUCACACCAUUCAGCAGACCCUUGUGGACAUUGGGGACAAGGAGCCCAGCUUUGUUGGUUCCAGAAAGUGGAUCGGUUCCAUGGAAGUCAGCUUUGUUUUGGAUACUCUGCUGGGGGUGACCUCCAAAAUCUUGUCAGUGAGUUCAGGGGCGGAGAUGUCAUCCAAAGGGAGGGAACUCCAGUCUCACUUUCAGACCCAGGGGACACCAAUCAUGAUCGGUGGAGGUGUUCUUGCCCACACCAUCCUCGGUGUGGACUAUGAUGAAGUGACAGGCAAUAUUGCCUUCCUCAUUCUCGACCCACAUUACACAGGCGCGGAGGAGCUGAAAAUCAUCGUUGAUAAGGGCUGGUGUGGAUGGAAAGGUCCAGACUUCUGGGACCAACAUGCCCACUAUAACAUGUGCCUGCCGCAGCGACCCUGUGUCAUAUAGCACACAAUGGACCAUCAUGCCCACAAUAACAUGUGCCUGCCCCAGCGACCCUGUGUCAUAUAGCACACAAUAGAUAUGGAUAUAAACACAUGGAUCUUUGUUCUGGGAAAACUAGGCUUAAUAAAUGUGCUUACAGUGUUUUCCCCGAUUAGCCUUGGCAAUCUGCACUGGCUAAUCAGGGAUGUCACUUUCUGCUAUAAUAGUAUUUUCGUCAAAGGAAGUCUCUAAGAGAAAAUUCCGUCUAGGCUGUAAGUGGUGUCCCUGAUAGGCCUGUGCAAACUGUGCAGGCUAAACUGGGAUGACACUUUAUGCCCAUGCAUUAAGCCUAGUUUUCUGAAGACAUAUAGCACACACCGGAUUUAGCAAUCUUGGUAGAGGAAGAUUGGUAUAGAACUCUUGUGAGAUUGUGUGAUAUAGAAAACAUGGAAGUUGAAAAGUGAAAUAUUACAGAUGUAGAGUUUGUGUUUUAUAGAAAACAUGAGACAGUGCAGUUGAGGUUUUUACUUCACACUCUGGGUCAAAUGGAUAGAGUAAUGUGUGUUCUUUAGAUAAAGUGAUGUUUAACCUUAGCAUUAAAAGUGCACUAUUGAAAAAAAGAAAGAAACGUUAUGAUGUUUUAGUUCAAGAACUUGUUUAACAUUUACACAGAAUUAAACUGAAUUUGUAGUGAAUGAUGUGAGCAUGGCUUAUCAAAGACAACACUUUCACCUUUCAUACAGAUUUUUCGUUUAAAGGAAGUCUCUUCUUAGCAAAAAUCCAGUUAUGGUGAAGUGUUGCCAGGAUUAGCCUGUGCAGAAUGCAUAGGCUAAACAUA